GUCUGCGAGCGGGGCCGGGGCGGGGGCGGCGGCGGGAAGCCCCCUCCCCGGGUCCGGGGGAACGCUCCCGGGCGGGGAACCAUGCAUCAGAAGCUGCUCAAGAGCGCGCACUACAUCGAGCUGGGCAGCUACCAGUACUGGCCGGUGCUGGUGCCCCGCGGCAUCCGCCUCUACACCUACGAGCAGAUCCCCGUGUCCCUCAAAGACAACCCGUACAUCACGGACGGCUACCGGGCCUACCUGCCUUCCAGGCUCUGCAUCAAAAGCUUGUUUAUUUUAUCUAACGAGACAGUAAACAUCUGGAGUCAUUUGCUGGGUUUCUUUCUCUUCUUCACCCUGGGAAUCUAUGACAUGACCUCCGUGUUACCCUCAGCUAGUGCAUCCAGAGAAGAUUUUGUAAUUUGUUCUAUUUGUCUUUUCUGCUUCCAGGUCUGUAUGCUCUGUUCAGUGGGUUAUCACCUUUUUUCCUGCCAUCGGUCAGAAAAAACGUGUCGAAGAUGGAUGGCAUUAGAUUAUGCAGGAAUUUCUAUUGGAAUUUUGGGCUGCUAUGUCUCAGGAGUAUUUUAUGCAUUUUAUUGUAAUAAUUAUUGGCGCCAGGUGUACUUGAUCACCGUGCUGGCUAUGAUCUUGGCGGUGUUCUUUGCGCAGAUUCAUCCCAGUUACCUCACACAGCAGUGGCAGAGGCUCCGUUCAGUCAUCUUCUGUUCUGUUUCGGGAUAUGGUGUCAUCCCUACUCUACACUGGGUCUGGCUCAAUGGGGGAAUCAGUGCUCCUAUUGUACAGGAUUUUGCACCACGUGUAGUUGUGAUGUAUGUGAUCGCUCUUCUUGCUUUCCUGUUCUACAUUUCCAAAGUUCCAGAACGGUACUUCCCAGGACAGCUAAACUACCUCGGAUCAAGCCACCAGAUAUGGCACAUCCUUGCAGUGGUGAUGUUGUAUUGGUGGCAUCAGUCAACUGUGUAUGUUAUGCAGUACAGGCACAGCAAGCCUUGUCCUGACUAUGUUUCACAUUUGUGAGUUCAGGUAUGGCCACCUGGUGAAGUCAGUUGUUAAGCAAUAUACAAUGGGGAAUUGUAGACCCUACUAUUUUCAAGGUUCCCAUUAUUUUCUCCUUUUUCCUCUUGUUUAAUGUAUAAUAAUGCUUUAUAAGAGUGGAAAAAUAUACUUGGGGAUCUGCAGUCAUAACUGCUGUACAACCCUUAAAACUGAGCUGUCUAUACAGAGAGCUGAAAUUAGAUGGUGAUCAUAAAAGCAUGUAGUUGGCAACAAUGACUGUGGCCAGUGUAGAAGGAGGAUUGAUUUUGCUUAACACCAGCUUCAUUUUCUUAGGAAGGGCUGGAGUCAUCCUGUAUGAUUACUUCAAUAGAAGAUAUUUUUAUUGUCAUAAAUUUAAGUGUCUAAUAAAGGCAAGGGCAGUUUACAAGAUAAUGAGAAACUGGCACUUAAAUUAUUUCCUUUAGCUACAGGUUCCCUUUUCCUUAGCAACAUUGCUUUUUUUUGCCAAGACAAAACUUAAGUCUUUUAAGAGUAUUGAGAAGAGGAAAGAAACAUACAUUGAUGUUUUAUAAUAGAUAAUUGAGUGAGAAACUAAGGAUGUGACUAAGCAACAAAUUCUGUGCUCUAAUAACCAAGCACCAGCCACCUAAGCCUUCCAGAUAUUUAAUUCCAUAUUAUAACUGAAUUCCUGAGAAUGGAUUUUGAUCCCAAAAUUCCAGAAUUACUUUCAUGUCUAAUUUGUAGUCCUACAUUUCUUGAUGAUGGGGUCCCAACUGUAUGGGUGCUACUCUCAAGGCCACAGGAUCAGAUGGCCCUGUUCUUGAACCGGAACUGAACCUUACGCCUUAGAUCUCAUGCAUUAUCCCACUGAUGGUGAUAUGAUUCACCUGUGCUCCAGUCCUGUUUAUACGUGUAUUAGCAUUUCCAUACAUAUAGUAUGUAUCAACAGUAUAAAAUUCAGAUCUGAAACAUUAAGCUUGUGUUUAUAGUAAUAGAUCUCACUGCCCUAUCACAAUGUAACUUUCUUCUUUGGUCUCUUCAUGUGCAUAAAUAAAACCUUUUACAGCAUUCAUAAAAACUUAAAUUGAGCAUAAAAUACCACCAGUUUCUGAAUGAAUUAACUAGCUGUUUUAAAUAUCCACUUGUUCUCAGAAAAGUAGAUUGAACUGUAUACUUUUUUUUUUUUAAGACAUUGAAGCUUAUUCCAAAAAUGCCUUUUAUACAUCCAGUAUUAAGAAAGUUAAUGUGCCUCAGUUACGCAUCUGGAAAGUGUGUUGCUUAUUUUUAGGGUAGUACUUUUGAAAUACGAAUUCUCUAGGCAAGGAGCACGUCCUCCCGGUCACCUCUGGCAGGUGCUGCACGCCAUGCCCAGGGCUGAUGGAGUGCCCCGCGGAGAAUGGCUGCAGCACCCGUGUCACCACACAUUUCAGUUCGUAUGCUGAGUGUUGUAAGGUGGUCUUGGUGGGGUGACAUGGGAGAUUUCUCCUAAAGCAUCUUUUAGUGGCUUACAUGAUACUGCUCCUAAAUACAUAUUUUGGCCAAAAGAGGUAUCUAGUUAAGUUAAAAAUGAGGGGAAUGACAAGUCAUUUUAGGUAUGGAGCCAGUUUUAUUAUAAACUGUACUCAACAAUGGAAUCUUGAGUUUUACUUUCUUUCACAUAUUAAAAUGACUGAGCUUUUUCAGAAUCUAUGAGUUCUGUUAUAAUUGCGUACAAUAUAAAAAAGAGUAUUCUUGGAUUUUAAAUUACUAUUUCUUCUGACUAUGGGGAAAUGUAAGCAUUUCAGUGUUCUUUGAACUAUCAUGAAAAAAUGAUCAUCUCAUUUUUAUCUUUACUACAAUGCAUCUGUUAUAAAAGAAUGACUAUGUAUUGCUGUCAACUGUAAUAACGUCUGUGUCAGCAUUUGUUGACCACCUACUGUGUGCAUAGCACUACUGAUAAAUUUUAAAACAUUAACAUUAAAGAAGAUUUAAAUUACCUACACAUCUGAGCCUUGUAAUUAUGUAUAUUUAUUUUAUCAGUUUAUUAAAAUAAGAUGAAAAUUGUAUUAUCCAGCUACAGUAUUUAAGAAAACUAGUUUUAAUUUUACCUAUGUGUAUACUUAUAAAAACUCCUUACCUAGACUUUAGAGGAACAUUUUUAAAUUAUCUUUGUCUGUUUUCAGUUACCUAGAGCAGUUUAUAGGGUUGCAAUUAACUCACCACAUUAGAAAAAAUUCUUUUGUAUAAAGCCAUUUUUCAAAUAGCAGUGUGCUUGUCUUUUUUGCUUAUUAGAGUCCAGUUUAGUAAGCUGCAUGGCAAAGUGUGUAUAAUGUAAAUAAACUUGGUUUACUAAA